CUGCACCACCAGGGAAGCCCUAGUCGUCUUUUAAAUGGAAACAAAACUCCUCCCUGAACUUCAGUGUUGACUUAUGAACAUAUUCAAGGCAGCCACAUGGGGGAUGGUGCAAACUCUCUGGACUGGGAGACUAGAGCUUAGGUUCUGUGAUCUUCUUUACUCUUUCUGUAAUCUUGAGCAACCUCUCUGAGCUUAUUCACUAUAGAAGCAUUAGAGAAUUUCUAUGGAAUAAUCAGGCAUUUAAAAGCACUGAGGUUGUUGGAAGUGUCCAAGUGACUAAACAAAUGAUGACCAACCUACACACCAAAAUGCUAUGUAGGCAUUAAAAAGAAGGAUGUAACUCUAAAUAUGCUAAUGUAAAACAAUUUUCAAGAUAUUCUGAGUAAGAAAACAUGGUAUAGAACAAUGUAUAUAGUAUGCUACCAUUUGUGUGUGUGUGCAUACCAGCAUGUGUGUGCGCUUUUAAAGAAUAUAGACAUAUUCAUGCUUGUAAAUUCACAGACCGUCAUUGGAAGGGCGCACAAGUAACUGUCAAUAGUGGUUGCCUUCAGAGAAGAGAACUUAAUGGCUGGAGUCUGACUGAGGAUUUUAAUCAUUCGGAGUCACACUGAAAACAAUUCUCCCAGCAAUCCACUCCUAGCUGAUGCACUAACUUUGGUCAUGUCAGCGUUUGCAUCUACUGACUGUGGCCCUUUCUGAGAUGGCAUCUGUGAUUCAGCUAUUCAAAAUGAAGUUGGUGACUCUGUGACAAUGUGGAGAAGUCAUGUCAGACAAUGUGGUUUGUACUGGGGCUGUCAAUGCUGUAAAGGAAGUUUGGGAGAAAAGAAUAAAGAAAUACAAUGAAGACCUGAAGCGAGAGAAGGAAUUUCAACAAAAGCUAGUGCGAAUCUGGGAAGAACGAGUGAGCUUAACCAAGCUAAGAGAAAAGGUCACCAGGGAAGAUGGAAGGGUCAUUUUGAAGAUAGAAAAUGAGGAAUGGAAGACCCUCCCUUCUUCUCUACUAAAACUAAAUCAGCUACAGGAAUGGCAACUUCAUAGAACUGGCUUGGUGAAAAUUCCUGAGUUCAUUGGAAGAUUCCAGAACCUUAUUGUGUUAGAUUUAUCUCGAAACACAAUUUCAGACAUACCUCGAGGAAUUGGACUGCUAACUAGACUUCAGGAACUGAUUCUUAGUUACAACAAAAUCAAAACUGUCCCCAAGGAACUAAGUAACUGUGCCAGACUGGAGAAACUUGAACUUGCUGUUAACAGAGAUAUAUGUGAUCUUCCACAAGAGCUCAGCAACUUGUUAAAGCUUACUCACCUUGAUCUGAGUAUGAACCACUUUACUACAAUCCCUCCUGCUGUGUUGAACAUGCCUGCCCUUGAGUGGCUUGAUAUGGGAAGCAACAGACUUGAACAACUUCCUGAUACUGUAGAAAGAAUGCAAAGUCUACACACAUUAUGGCUCCAACGGAAUAAAAUAACAUGCUUGCCAAAAACAAUCAGCAAUAUGAAAAAUCUGGGUACUCUUGUUCUCAGCAACAAUAAACUGAAAGAUAUUCCAGUGUGCAUGGAAGAGAUGACCAAUCUAAGGUUUGUCAACUUCCGAGACAACCCACUGAAAUUGGAAGUAACGCUUCCUCCUGGAGAAAACACAGAUGAGGAAGAGGAAAGGGAAUUAUUCGGCCUUCAGUUUAUGCACACGUACAUACAGGAGUCACGGAGAGCAGGUAACCAAGUCAACUGCUCUACUACUUUACCAAACUCUAUAAAUGCUGAUGGAUAA